CUUUGUUUUCAUAACAAAAAUCAUUUUCAUCUGUUUUGUUGUCGAGAAAGUGAUUGCCAUUUGUUUCGGUGAUUAUCAUCGCAUCCAACGCUUCCACCCGUCGACUGACCAGCCAUUGGCCAUCACAGGAGUCGGUCGGGCGCUCACCCCUCGCACCCCCUCUCAACCAGUCAUCCAAUCAUUGAUUUUGUUAUCAUUUUUCAAGUGUUUGUGUGUUUUGUCACGUCUUCGCGUUUGGGAUCAGUUCCCUGUUUUCCCAUUUGAUAGCCAACUCUUAACUGCCAUAAAGUGGUAACCAAUUGGUGGACACAAUGCCCGCACCACGAGAUGGACAUAUCGUUAAGAUCGCCGUCGAAACGGAUCCGUCUUUUGCCGGAAACUAUAUGCCGCAACUGUUGGAGUUCGACCAGAACCGGCCGCUGUCGGCCAUAAUCCAAGACCUGUGCACCGGAUGGGCGCUGACCGACGGCGACCACUACGCCCUCCAAUUCAACGAUCAGACCAACGCAUACAUCACCGAACGGAACCGCAAUGAGAUCAAGAACGGAGCCGUUCUUCGCAUCACACACUCGCCCUCCCGUACGGCUCAG